AUGACAAAAUUUUCUGAAGGCCAUUAUGACAUCUUAAAUUUAAUAGAGGUAAAGAGUAAUAUUCAAGAGAAAAAUAUACUAGGAUAUAGUGUUGAUUAUACUGUAGGUGGGCUAUUUUUAUUUGGGGGUUUUAAAAUAGAUAUAGAAGAGAAUAAUGGGAUAAUAUGUAACGAUGCUUAUUUAAUUCAUAUAAAAAACGAUAAGGCAGAGUAUGAAACUCUGAGUAUUAAAAUAAAACCAUCUAUUAGAUGUUAUCAUAAUUCUUGCAGAUUAUUAGAAAAUUAUGUUAUAAUUUUUGGUGGAUUGAAUAGUGAAGUUCCUUUUGUUGCUUUGAACGAUUUAUGGGUAUUUAACAGUUUAAAUAAGACAUUUGUUGAAAUAAAAUUAAAAUGUAAAGAAAAAAAUAGAGAGAAGAAUUUACAAAAUGGCAUAAAUGGAACAAACGAGAAGGGGUAUAAUUCUCAAACGGAUGAUGAAAAUUGUAGUGAUAAUAAAUAUAGAGAGAAUCAGGAUUAUGGGAGUAAUGAUAGUGAUAGCAAAGAUGGUGAAGAUAUUGAUAAAGAUGAUUCCAUUUUAGAUAAUUCAUAUGUAAAGAAUUUAAGAAAAUAUUUGAAAAGUAAUAAAAGUGAUGAGUUACAUUCAAGUGAUAUACCAUGUCCUCGUUAUUUUUCUAGUUUAGAUUUAUAUAUUAUACGAAAAAAUAAUAUAGAAGAAGAAAAAGGAUUUAAAAAGGAUGAAAUCAAAAUAAUAAAGAAUAAUAUUAUAGUAAGUAAUUCUUUAAAUUAUGAAUAUUUUAGUUUAAUUUUAUUCGGUGGAUAUGGUGGUUAUGACAGAAGCAGUUAUAAUGAUUUAUAUGAAUUUAAUAUAUUAAAUAAUGAAUGGAUAUUAAGAAGUUGUAAAGGGAAUGUACCAUCGACUAGAUAUGGUCAUAUAUCAUUUAUCCAUGGAAAUAAUUUAUUUAUAUUAGGUGGUACUAAUGCUGAAAUAAGUUUUAAUGAUAUGUAUUCAUGUGAUUUAAAAAACAAUGAAUGGUCUGAAGUGGAUUUUUCUUAUUCAUUUAAUAUUUCAAAAGUAUUUUGUAGAAGUGUGUUGGUAGAAUCUAUUGAUAGAAAUAUUAUAUUUAUUUUUGGAGGUUAUAAUAUUAUUAGUGAUGAAAAGGGAAAUCGAAAGAUAGAAUAUAAUAAUAUAGAGUUGAAUAUGUUAAAGUUAUAUGAUACCUUUAAAUUAGAAGAAUUGAAAUAUAAUAUUAUUCAAAACAAUGAAGAAAAUAUAAUAAAAAAUAAUAAUAUGGAAGAAAUUAAUAAUAUGAAUAGUAAUAAUGUUAAAAAUGAAAUAAUAAUAACUACAAAACAUGAUAUAUAUGAAGAUUCCAAUAUAUCAAAUAAUAUAACAUUCUGUUCUAUAACAUAUGAUUUUAUGGAUUCUAAUUUAAUUAUAACAGAUAAUAAAAAGAAAAUAUAUAUUAUGAAUAUAAGCAAUAUCAUUGGACCAAAAUAUGCUAUAUUUAAUAUAUGGCCAAAACAAUGUGAUAUAAAUGGAAAUAAAAAAUUAUUGUUUAGAGGAAAAGGAUUUACUAAUGAAGGCAAAAUUCUAGUGAAAUAUAAAUCUGAUGAUAUAAAUUUAUAUAGUGAAGGGAUAUAUAUUAAUGAAAAUAAUAUAUAUACUAUAGUACCUAAUGCAAAAAAUAAAAUCAAGAAUAAUAUAUGUCAGGUACAAUUAUCUAUUAAUGAUAAAUGUUACACAACUAAUAGUUGUUUUCUAGAAUAUUAUUAUAAUAUUGAUCCUAAAAAUACAUUAAUUUUUGGAAGUGGCUUAUUGGAACCAGUAUGUUUACAAAAGGAUAAUAUAUUUUUUCUGAUUGCAAAAAAUAGUAUGAAUGAACAUAAAAGAAUAGGAGGUGAUAAAUUUCAAAUCAGUAUUAUAUAUGAACAAAAAAGCGAACAAUAUGAUAUCAACUAUUUUGUUUAUGAUUUAAAUAAUGGAUUUUAUAUAGUCAAAUAUUUCUCAUUUGUUAAUGACAAGCAAAUGAAAGUAAAGAUGCAAAAUGUGGGCAAAAAUAAUAACAUAGAACAAAUAAACAAUAAUAAUGAUAAUAAUAAUAAUAAUGAUAAUAAUAAUAACAAUAAUAAUAAUAAUAAUAAUAAUAACAAUAAUAACAAUAAUAAUGAUAAUUUAAAUGAACAGUUCAAAUGUAAUGUAGUACAAAGGAAGAAUCAAAAUGAUUUAGAAGCUCUUGAAGGACCUCAAAAUAUAUCUAAUAAGAACUCAAUGAAUAAUGAAGAUAUAAAAAGUAAUACAAGCAAUCAUAUGGAAAUAUUAGACUUAAAUGGGACCUUAAAAAUAACAGUAAAAUUAAAAGAUGAAAAUAUUCAGAAUAGUCCAUUUUUUCUAAAAGUUGAUAAUAAUUUAAAAGAUAAAAUAAUAUAUGUAAAACAAUUUAUUAAUGAUAGAUUAGAGAAUUUAUUACGAAAAGGAGAAUGUUUAUUUGAUCUAAUAAAAAAUAAAAACAUGAAUACAAAUAAUUUGAUACAAUUAAAUAUCAAUAUUGAUCAUUUUCUAAACAGAUUCCCUAAAGCAAUACAUGACAUAAAUAUUAUAGAACAGUAUAUAUUAUAUGGACUUAUAGAUAUAGAUAAGAUAAAAAAUGUUAUUACAAACUUACAUGAAGAGGAUAAUUUGUUGAAUGCUUCUCAAGAGGAAGAAAUAUAUAUUGAUAAAGAAAUUCAUGAAUUAAUAAAUAAUGAAAAGUUCAAAAAUGAUCAGACAGAUGGAAUGGGAGAAUAUUCUUCUACUACAACAAAUAACGUAAAACACACUAAUAAUGCCAAUAAUAAUGAUAAACAUAUAACAGAUAAAGUAACACAUAUAAUAAAUGAAAAUAUUGAUACUAGAAAUAAUUUUUUAAAAGUAAAAGAUAACCAUAAGAUUGUAGAUUUUAUAAAUGAAAAUAAAUUGCAAUUUCUAGAUUAUAUCGAUCCUAAUAUCAUGAAGAAAUUAAGAAAUUAUAUCAACCUCCUAAAUACAGAAGAAUUAAAUUUAAAAAACAAAAAAGAUAACAAAAAAAUAGACGAUUCAAAUAAAAAAGAUUUAUCAGGAAUUAAAAAAAAAAGAAGUGAAGAUAAAUUUCAUUUAGAUAAUAAUUUAGAGAAAGAUGAGAAAAAAAUUGAAGUAAUUAAAAAUUUAUUAAUUUUUUAUCAUAAACUUAAAACGGUUUGCUUGUCUAAAAAAGAAAAAGAAUUAAAAGAUGAAUUUAUAAAAGAAGAAAAGGAAAGUAUUAAAAAAUUAAAAUUAAAUUAUAAUAAAUUUGUAAAUAUCAAAAAGAAUUUAGAAGUAUCUAAUGUUUAUUUACAUAACAAUGGAUAUGAUUCAUCAUUAAAAGAACUUGAAACUACAAAAAAAUAUCUUAUAGAAAUAAAAGAUGAAGUUACAAAAAUAAAACAAAUAUCAGAUAAUAUUAUUAAAAUAGAUAAUGUAGAAGAAUUAAAUAAAGAUAUUGAAAAUUUAAAUAAUGAAAUUCAUGAAAUUGAAAAGAUGUGGCUAUUUAUCAAAAAAAAAGAAGAAAUAUUAAAUGAAUUUUUUUUUUGUCCUUUUAAAGAUUUAGAUGUAGAAGAUUUUGAUAUACAAGUAAAAAAAUUACAAAAUGAUUUCAAAAAAAUUAAAGUAGAUAGAAAACAUAAUAUAUGUAAAGAAGAAACAUUAAAAUUAAAAGAAAUUAUAAAAUUUAUUUCUGUUUUGUGUGAAAUUAAAAAACCAUUUAUAAAAGAUAGACAUAUAAAAGAAAUGGAAAAUAAUAUAAAUGAAGAAAAAGAAAAAAAUAAAGAAGAAGAUAAAAUAAAUAUAAUUAUAGAUGAUAGUACAUUAACUAUAUAUUUCUAUAAAUUAAAUGUUAUGAAAUAUCAUGAUACUAUUGAAGAAGUUAUUAUAAAAGCAUAUAAUGAAAAAAUAAUAGAAGAAACUAUUAAUAAAUUUGAAGAUUAUUGGGAUAAAAUAUAUUUUAAAAAAAAAGAAUAUAAAAAUAAUAUACUAUUAACAUAUAUAGAUGAUAUAUGUAUAGACACAAUUGAAGAACAUCAAGUUACUUUACAAAAUUGUUUUUCAUCUAAAUAUUUUCUUUUCUUUUCAGAUGAGUUAAAUUUAUGGCAAAAAAAAAUAUCCAAUAUAUAUGAAGUAAUACAAUUAUUAAAAGAUAUAGAAAAAUUGUGGAUAUAUUUACAAAAUAUGUAUAUAUAUUCAGAAGAAGUAAAAAAGGAACUACCUCUCUAUUCUAAAUUCUUUUUAACUAUUAAUGAUGAAUAUCUUGAAAUGUUAAAACAAAUUAUUGAUAAUAAUAUAAAAGUAGUAGAUUUUUCAAAUGAAGGAGGAAUUAUAGAAAAAUUAGAAGAAUUAAAAGUAAAAUUAUGUAAAAGUGAAAAACCAUUGAAUGAAUAUUUAGAUUCUAAACGUAAAUCAUUUCCUAGAUUUUUUUUUAUAUCUUCUACUGAUUUAAUAGAUAUAUUAUCUAAUGGAAAUAAUUUUAAACUUGUAAAUACACACGUACAAAAAAUAUUUUUAUCCAUUAGAAAAUUUGUAACAAAAAAUGAGCAAUUAACAGAUAACGAAAUACAAAAUGAAGUGAAACUAAAUAAUCAAGAAACUAUUACAGAAGAAAAGAAUAAAAAUUCAAAUGAAGAUUCUAAUGAAAUAGAGACAAAUAAAUAUAAUAAGAAGGAAGAAUCAACGAAUAAUAGAGAUGAUAAUUAUGAUGAUAAUAUAAAAAAUGAUAAAGAUGAAAAAGAAGAAACUAUUAUCAAGUUAAUUUCGUCUUAUGGAGAAGAAAUAUGUAAUUUUCAUGAAGGUCUAGUUUUGAAAGGUAAAGUGGAAUGUUAUUUAAAUGAUAUAAUAGAUCAUAUUAAAUAUACAUUAAAAUAUUAUAUUACAAAUUUAUUUAGAUUAAAAGAUUUGUUUAAUAAUGAAAAAGAAAAAUGGAUAGAUGAAAAUUAUUUAGCUCAAGUAUUUAUUUUAUGUAAUACUAUAUUUUUUGUAAAUGAUGUGGAAAAUAUAUUAAUUAAAAAAGAUAUUAAUAUAUAUGAAGAAUUAAAUAAAUAUUAUAAAAAUCAUAUUCUUCAAUUAGAAAAUGUUAUUAAAAAAGUUCAAAAAAAAUUAACUAUAAAAAAUAGAAUCAAAAUUAUGUGUAUUAUUACAUUAGAUACAUUUUAUAGAGAUGUACUUGAAGUUAUCCUAAAAAAUAAAUCUUCUAUUUCUAUAAAUAUGUUCGAUUGGCAAUCUCAAAUUAGGAUGUAUCCAUUUUUUAAAAAUCAAAAAAUUUACGAAGAGAAUGAAAACCAAACGGAAGAAUCAAACUUAAAAUUGGAUAAUAGAAAUAUAGAUAAUGAACACCAAGAAGGAAAACAAGAAUAUAACAACAAAAAUAACGAUAAUGAUAAUUAUAAUAAUAAUAAUAAUAUAUUAAAUAAUGAAUUAUCAAAAUAUACGUGCCUUACAUAUUUUAAAGACUUAUAUAUUAAAAUAAAAAUUAUGGACUGUUCAUUUAAUUAUUCUUAUGAUUAUAUAGGAAAUUAUCAAAGGUUAGUUAUUACUCCUUUAACAAGUCGUAUUUAUAUUACAGCUACACAAGCAUUAAGCUUAUAUAUGGGAUGUGCUCCUGCAGGACCAGCAGGAACAGGGAAAACUGAAACUACAAAAGAUUUAUCUAGCUUUUUUGGAAAAAACUGUUAUGUAUUUAAUUGUUCAGAUCAAUUAGAUUAUAAAAGUAUGGGAAAUAUUUUUAAAGGAAUUGGUAGUACAGGGUGUUGGUGUUGUUUUGAUGAGUUUAAUAGAUUAAUUCCUGAAGUUUUAUCUGUUUGUUCUAUUCAAUUUAAAUCCAUAUUAGAUUGUAAACGAAAUAAUAAUAAUGUAUGUAUUAUUGGUUCUGAUGAAAUUAUUGUAAAAAAAAAUUGUGCUGUUUUUAUUACAAUGAAUCCUGAUUAUUUAGGUAGAUCUAAAUUACCUGAAAGUCUUAAAAUUUUAUUCAGACCUAUAACAGUAAUUAUACCUGAUUUUAACAAAAUUUGUGAAAAUAUGUUAAUGGCUGAAGGAUAUGUAAAUGCAAAAUAUCUUUCUAUUAAAUUCACUACAUUUUUUGAGCUAGCCAAAAGUUUACUAAAAGAUAAACAUUGUGAUUGGGGUUUAAGAAGCAUCAAAAGUGUAUUAACAAAAGCUGGGGAUCUCAAAAGAAAUUAUCCUGACGUAGAUGAAAAUAAAUUACUUUAUUCAGCUAUACAUGAUAUUAAUAUUGCAAAAAUAUCAUCUUCUAAUUGUCCUAUUUUUUCUGGUUUGCUUAAUGAUAUAUUUUUUUCCAAUCAAAAUGAUAUAACUGAUAUAAAUGAAAAUAAAAAAGAAAAUAAAAAAGAAAAUAAAAAAGAAAAAGAUAAUAUUGAAGAAUUAAAAUCAGAUAACAUAAAAGAAGAAAAGAAAACAAAAAAAAAACAUUUAGAAGAUAAUAAUAAUAAUAAAAAAAAAGAAUUAUUCAAUUUGAAUAAUAUAGAAAAAGAAUUAAUGGAUAUUUGUAAAAAAAAUCAUUUAUUCGGAUUAAAUUAUUUUGUUAAAAAGAUUAUACAAUUAAAUGAUAUAAUGAAUAUUAGACACUGUGUAUUUAUUAUGGGUGAAGCUGGUUGUGGGAAAACCACACUUUUUAAUAUGUUAAUGGAAUAUCAAAAAAAACAAAAUUUAAAAACAGUAAGUAUACGAAUAAAUCCUAAAUCAAUAAAUAUAGAUGAUUUAUAUGGUAAUGUACAUAUAAAAACAAGAGAAUGGAAAGAUGGGGUAUUUUCUAAAUAUAUGAGAAAUUAUUCUAAAAAAGAUGAUUGUGAUAAAGCUUACAUUAUUUUUGAUGGAAAUUUAGAUUCUCAUUGGAUAGAAAAUAUGAAUUCAGUUAUGGAUGAUAAUAAAGUUUUAACUUUAUCAUCUAAUGAAAGAAUAUUAUUAAAAAAUCAUAUGAAUUUAGUUUUUGAAUUUAGUGAUUUAAUGUUUGCUACUCCUGCUACAAUAUCAAGAGCAGGUUUAGUUUAUUUUUCAGUAGAUCCUAAUGAUUUAUGGAAAAAUUAUUUUUUAUCAUGGAUAGAUAAACAUGAUAAUUUUAAUAGUAAUAUAAAAAAAUUAUUUGAAAAAUUAAUGUAUAAAUAUGUUGAACCUACAUUUAGUUAUUUAAGUACUUUACAAACUUCUAUAAAAAUAUCACCAAUGUCUCAUAUACAAUCAUUAUCAGCUUUAUUAGAUAUAUUAUUAAUAGAUAAUAAUUAUGAAAGUGUAGAACAUUAUUUCAUUUAUUCAGUUAUAUGGUGUUUUGGGGGAUUUUUAGGUGAAAAGGAUAAUGUAAAUUAUAAAAAAAGUUUUGAUAAAUAUUGGAAAAAUACAUUUAAAAGUAUUAAGGUUAAUCGAAAAAUAAGUGUUUUUGAUUUUUAUGUAGAAAAUAAUAAAUUUAAAGAAUGGGAUGAAGCAGAAAUAACUAAUGAACUAAAACAAAAUUAUGUAUUACAAGAUGAUAUAUUUAUUGAAACAAUAGAAAGUUAUUCUUAUAAAUAUAUAUGUAAAUUGUUUUUAAAAUCCGAUAUGCCUAUUUUAUUUAUUGGUAAAACUGGUGUAGGAAAAACACAAUUAUGUAAGAAAAUAUUAAAUGAAGAAAAAGAAGAAUUUAAAAGUUUUUAUAUGAUUUUUAAUUAUUAUACUACAUCUAAAAAUGUACAAACAUUAAUGCAAAGUUGUUUAGAAAAAAAAUCAGGAAAACAAUUUAGUCCACCAUAUCAACAAAAAUUAAUAUAUUUUAUAGAUGAUAUAAAUAUGCCUAAAUGUGAUGAUUAUAAUACACAAAGUGCUAUUGAAUUAUUAUGUCAAUAUAUAGAUACAAAUUCUUGGUUUGAUUUAGAAAAAUUAAAUUUAAUUAAAAUAUUAAAUACAAAACUUAUAUCUUGUAUGAAUUAUAAUAGAGGUAAUUUUACUAUUAAUCCAAGAUUAAUUAGACACUUUUUUAUAUUAAAUAUUAAUUUUCCAGAAAAUAAUACUGUCAAUAGUAUAUUUAGUGUUUUAUUAAAAAAUCAUUUUAAUAAUUUUAAACAAGAUGUAUCUGAUUUAAUUCCAUCUAUAUUAAAAUCUACUAUAUCUUUAUUUUAUAAUAUUGAAAAGACAUUCAAAAGAACAGCUACUUAUUUUUAUUAUGAAUUUAAUUUAAGAGAUAUUCAUAGUAUAGUUAAAGGAUUACUUACUACAACACCUGUUACAUUUCAAGAUUGUGAUAAACUUUUAUUUUUAUGGUUACAUGAAUGUGAAAGGGUAUACUCAGAUAAGCUUAAUAAAAAAGACAAGAACAAAUAUAAAAAGAUUAUUACUGAUAUAAUAAAAAAAAUGUAUAAUAAAUAUGAAAUUAAUAAAUUUGUUAUGAAAUAUGACAGUACUUUAUUAUUUUCAAAUUUCCAUAAAGGUAGUCAUGAUAAAACAUAUGACAUUUGUAAAAACAUGGAAGAAUUAACAUUAUUCUUAAAUGAAGAAUUAAAUGAAUAUAAUAAUUCCUAUAAUUUAAAUAUUGUUUUAUUUAGUGAUGCUAUUAAACAUAUUUGUAAAUUAAUUAGAAUAGUAGAUAAUUUAAAAGCACAUGCAUUAUUAUUAGGUAUAGGAGGAUGUGGAAAAACAACCAUAUCUAAAUUUUCAUCUUAUAUAUCAUCGAAAACAUUUUUUGAAAUGGAUUUUUCUGCACAUUGUACUGAUAACGAUAUCAAAAAAUAUUUACAAAACAUUUUUCAUAAAUGUGCUAUGAAAAAUGAAGAUAUUGUUUUAUUUUUAAAAGAAAGUAAAAUACAUGAUACUUUCUUUAUAUAUGUUAAUGAAUAUAUGUGUUCAAAUAAUAUUAUAGACUUAUAUACAAAAGAAGAACGAGAUUAUAUAAUACAUAAUAUUAGAAAUAUAGCUAAAGCAGAUGGUAUAGAACAAUCAGAUAAUAACAUAUUCGAUUAUUAUAUUAAAAAAGUAAAUGAUAACUUACAUUUCAUUUUAUGUUUUUCUCCAACUAGUAAUAAUUUUAGAGAUAAAUCAAACAAUUUCCAGUGUAUAUUAAAUAAUACUAUGAUAGAUAUAUAUGAUAAUUGGGAAGCUGAUUCUUUAAUGUGUGUAGGGAAAAAUUAUGUUAGUAAUAUAUAUAUGAAUAUAAAUACGGGGGAUAUUUUAUUAGAUCAAGAAUAUAUUAACUUAAAAAAUAAAAAUAUAGAAAAAGAUAUAACUUUGGGAAACAAACAGAUAGAGAAAAAUUAUAUCCCUACAAUAUCAACAAACGAUGGAGAUGAUCAUUAUACAGACAUGGAUAAAACAAAUAUGAAAAAUGGGGACAUUACAACAACGAUAAAUAAUAUUACUAUUGACAAUAAUGACAAUAAUGACAAUAAUAAUAAUAAUAAUAAUAAUAAUAUUUAUGAUAAAAAUGUUAGUAUACUAAACGAAGAAGAAUAUGUAAACCUAAAAGAUAUAAUAACUGAAUAUCUAAAAGAAUGUUAUGAAGACCUAUUAGAUAUAUCAUCCUUUUAUUAUUCUCAUGAACGUUCCCAUAUUUAUAUAACCCCCAAAUUAUAUCUUGAAAGUAUCAAAACGUAUCAUAUAAUGUUACUAAAAAAUAUUACUAAUAUAAAUAAUAAAAUGAAUAUGCUUAAAAACGGUAUCACAAAAAUGAAUGAAACAAGUUCAAAUGUAGAAAAUAUAAAAAAUUGCUUAAAAGAUAAAAAAAAAAUAUCAGAAGAGAAAAUGGAAGCUGCUGAAAAAUAUGCAAUAGAUAUUGGUAAUGAAAAAAUGGUUGUAAAAAAAGAGAGUGAUUUAGCUGAUAUAGAAGAACAAAAUUGUUUAGAAAUACAAAAAAAAGUUCUUAAACAACAAGAAGAAUGUGAAAAUGAUAUAAGAUUAGGUAUUCCAUUAAUAGAACAAGCUGAAGAAGCUUUAAAUACGUUAAAUAAAAAAAAUAUUCAAGAAUUAAAAACUUUAAACAAACCACCUCCAGGAGUAGAAGAUAUUACUGCAGCUGUUAUGCAAUUAUUAGCAACAAUUGAUACAACUAUAUCUAUAGAUAAAUUUGGAAAAAUUAAAGAUCGAAGUUGGAAAUCUGCACAAAAAAUGAUGAUUAAUCCUGAAAAAUUUAUAUCCUUACUUAAAGAUUAUAAAAAUAAGAUUGAUGAAAAUUUGGUUCCUGAUUGUAACUUUAAAUAUGUAGAAAAUUUAAUUAAUUUACCACAUUUUAAUAAAAAUGCAAUACAAAAAAAAUCUAAAGCUGCUGCAGGAUUAGCUGAAUGGGUUUUAAAUAUAACAUCAUUUUAUAAAAUUAUUCAAAACAUAUUACCUAAAAGAAUAUUAUUAGAUAAUACAAAAAAAGGUUUAGAAGAAGCUAAUGAAAAAUUACAAAUUGUACGUGAAAAGGUACAAUCACUAAAAGCAAAACUAAGUGAAUUAAUAAGUCAAUAUGAUCAUGCUAUAUAUGAAAGAGAUCUUGUUAUUUUAGAGGAAAAGAAAUUAAAAACAAAAUUAGAAUUAUCAAUUAGAUUAAUAGAUGCUUUAAGUAGUGAAGAAAUAUCAUGGUCAAAACAAUAUGAAAGUUUAAAAAAAAAAAAAAAAACAAUUUUAACAGAUAUAUUACUUUCAUCUACUUUUGUUACGUUUUGUGGUGGAUUUACUAAAAAAUAUAGAAAUAAAAUUAUGACAAAUUGUGUUGAUACAUUAAAGAGAAAAAAUGAAAUACAAAAUAAUAUUUUUAAUAACAUGCUCAAAAAAAUAAAUAAUAACGACCAAAAUUUCAUAAAUAACAACAACAAUAAUAAUAAUAGUAGUAAUAAUAAUAGUGCAAAUUUUGGUUAUAAUGAGGACCCACAAAAAAAAGAUAAUCAUAAUUUUGACAUAUCAAACAAAUUGAAUAUAAAAAAUGAAAAAAAAGACAACGAAUUGGGGAAUGAUAAUUUAAAGAAAGACGAAAUGAUUUAUGAUAUAUUCUUAGUAAAUAAUUUUAAUUUAGAUUUAUUAAUAAAUGAAGAAGUUUUAUCUAAAUUAAGUAAACAAGGUUUAACAUUAAAUUCAGUAUGUAUUGAAAAUAAUAUAAUAUUAGAAAAUAGUGAUAAGUUCCCUAUUAUUAUUGAUCCACAAAUGGAAAGUUUAAAAUGGUUAAUUAAUAGUCAUAAAGAAAAAAGUGAAAAAUUAAUUAUCACAGAUAUUAAUGAUAAAAUAUUAUUAAAAAAAAUAGAAGAAUGUAUAUCUUUUGGUUAUUCUAUUAUUGUUGAGAAUGCAGAUGAAUAUAUUGAUAAUACAUUAUAUAAUGUUAUAUCAAAGAAUAUAAUUAAGAGAAAAAAUAAUUAUUAUAUUAAUAUUAAUGAUAAAGAACUUAUGUUUCAUCCAUCUUUUUAUAUAAUAUUACAUACACAAUUAUCAAAUCCUCAUUAUCAACCUGAAAUACAAUCGGCAUGUUCUCUAAUAAAUUUCACGGUUACACCAGAUGAUUUAGAAGAACAUUUAUUAUCUAUUACUCUAGAAAAUGAAUUUAAUCAUUUAUCAAAAAAGAAAAAGAAAUUAUCAUUGUUAAAAUAUGAUUAUAUGUGUCAACUCUCUUUUCUUCAAUCAUCAAUCUUGCAAAAAUUAACAGAUGCUAAAGGGGAUAUUUUAGAAGAUGUUUCAUUAAUCGAAAAUUUAGAAAAAACGAAAUUAUUAAGUGAAAAUAUAGCUAAAAAAACAGAAAUUGUCAAAAAUACAGAAGUACAUAUUAAUACCAUUAUCAACUUAUAUAGACCUUUAUCAAAAAGAGGAGUCAUGUAUUUCUUCAUUUUACAAAAAUUAAAAAACUUACAUUCAUUUUAUUUCUAUUCUUUAGAAAUAUUCUUGAAAAUAUUUAUCAAAUGCUUGAAUGACAGUUCUCCAAAUAGAUCACCCAGUAAGGUGAACCAGGAGCAAGAAUAUUAUCUUAAAAGUGAAGAUAAUGAUUUUAAUGAUGAUUACCUUGGUAGUACAAAAGAGGAGGACAAGCGCGACGAGGAUGCAAAGGUAGAAGAGGAGAAUAUGGAAGAGGAAAAGAUGGAAGAUGGAAGAGUUGAUGAAGAAAAGAUGGAAGAUGGAAUAGUUGAUGAAGAAAAGAUGGAAGAUGGAAUAGUUGAUGAAGAAAAGAUGGAAGAUGAAAAAGUUGAAGAAAAGGUGGAAGAUGAAAAAGUUGUUGAAGAAAAGAUGGAAGAUGAAAAAGUUGAAGAAAAGGUGGAAGAUGAAAAAGUUGUUGAAGAAAAGAUGGAAGAUGAAAAAGUUGAAGAAAAGGUGGAAGAUGAAAAAGUUGUUGAAGAAAAAAUGGAAGACGAAAAAGUUGUUGAAGAAAAAAUGGAAGACGAAAAAGUUGUUGAAGAAAAAAUGGAAGAUGAAAAAGUUGAAGAAAAAAUGGAAGACGAAAAAGUUGAAGAAAAGAUGGAAGACGAAAAAGUUGUUGAAGAAAAAAUGGAAGAUGAAAAAGGGGAAAAGCAAAAGGUAGAAGAAGAAAAUGUGGGAAUAGAGGAAGUCGAAAAGGUCCAAAUUGAUGAUUACAAAGUUUCAGAAAAAAAAGGGGAGAAUAAAAAUUGCACAUAUGAAGAAAAUGGAAAAAUUGAUAAGGACAAAGAAGAUGAUUUAGAAGAAGAAGAUUUUGAAAACGAUGAUUUUACAAAUGAAGAAACGAAAAUAGACAAGAAUGAAGUUGAAAAAAGAGUAAAUAUGCUAACAGAUUUAUUGAAUAUAAAAAUGUGGAUGUAUAUGGAUAAAGGUUUAUUAGAAAGAGAUAAAUUAAUUGUAAAAUGUUUGAUUAUGUUACAUUUAGAAAAGUUAAAUGACAAAAUAAGCGAAGAAGAGGAAGAAAUUUUUAUUAAUCCUAAAUAUAAAUUAAGUAGUAAUAAUAUAACAAGUAUUAGAAAUAAAAAAGAGAAUGAAAGUAUGGAAAAAAAAUUAAUGAAUAAAUCAUUUAUUAAUGAAGAAUUAUAUGAAGAUUGUAAGAAUCUAGAAAAUUUAAAAGAUUUUGAAAACAUUACUGAAAGUUUCGAAAGUGAGAGUAUGUCAUGGAAACAAUGGUUUUUAAGUGAAAAAGUAGAAAAUGAAGAAUUACCUAGAAAAUAUAAUAAUAUAAAAGAUUUUUCUAAAUUAUUAUUAAUUCGAGUUUUACGUAAAGAUAGAUUUUUAAUUGCAUUAAAAAAUUAUAUUACAAAAAAUAUAAAAAUGACAAAUGAUGAAAAAAAUAAUACAUAUGCAUUAGAAAAUAUAUUAGAUGAAUAUAUUGAUAAUAAAACACCCGUCUUAUUUUUGUUAACAACUGGUUAUGAUCCUUCUAAAGAAAUAGAAGAUUAUAUAAAUAAAAUGAAAAAUAAUGGUAUUAAAAAAAAUGAUAGUAAUAAAAAAGAAUCCAAUAAAAAUAAAAUAUCUUAUGUAAACAUAUCUAUGGGUCAAGGACAAGAAAAUAUUGCAUUAAAAUAUUUAAAAGAAAUAUCAAAAUGUGGAGGAUAUAUAUUUUUACAAAACAUUCAUUUAAUGACAAAAUGGUUAAAAGAAUUUGAAGAAAUUCUGGAUAAAAUAUUUUUAGAUGCUCAUGUAAAUUUUCGUUUAUUCUUAUCUGCAGCUAUACCAAAUGAAAAAGAUACCAAAUUAUUACCCGAAAAAUUAUUAAAGAAAUGCUUUAGAAUAAAUAAUGAAAAAUCAUAUAGUUUAAAAGAUAACAUAAAAUGUUGUCUUGAUAAAUUUGAAAACGGACAAUAUGAUGAUAAAUUAAAAACAGUAAUAUUGGGUCUUUCUUAUUAUCAUAGUUUAUUGUUAGGAAGAUUUUUAUAUGGAAAAAUCGGAUUUAGUCAAUCAUACUCUUUUAAUGAUAAUGAUUUAGAAAUAUCAUUUAAUAUUAUUAAAAGAUAUUUAAAUACAUAUGAAAGUUUUCCUUUAGCAGAUGUAUUAUUUUUAAUAGGAGAAAUUAUAUAUGGUGGACAUAUAACAGAUAUAUGGGAUAGACGAAUAAAUAAGACAUAUGUUAAGAAUAUACUUAAAGAGAUAUAUAGAAAUAUAAUAAGUAUAAAUGAAAAAAAUAAAAAUAUUAAUAUGGAUCCUCAUCAUCCCAAUGAUAGUAAUAAUAAUAAUAAUUAUAAUGAUGAUAAUAAUAAUUGUCAUAAAAAAAAUAAAAAUAAUAAUAAUAAUAAUAAUAAUAAUGAUGAUGACGAUGAUGAUAGUAAUAAUAGUAAUGAUAACGAAGAAGAAAGUGAAGAAAAACUCAUUUUAAAAAAUACCAAACAUAAUAUUUUGUUCGAUGUAUUUAAGUUUCCAGAUUGUAGUAAAUAUAAUAUUAAUCAACUAAAAAAAUAUAUAGACGAAAAAUUGAAUAAAGAACAAACUUAUUUAUUAGGGUUACACAUAAAUGCCGAAAUUGAAUAUAUGAAAAAUGAAUGCUCACGAAUAUUACAAACUUUACAAGAACUAAGUAAUAAAGAAAUUGCAUCAACAGAAAGUUAUAAAAAAAAUACGAAAAUAAUAAAGAAAGAAAAACCUGGUGAUAAUAAGGAUAAUAAAUAUACAUAUGAUCAAAAAAAGGAAAACAUACAUAAAGAGGAAGAUGAUGAAGAUGAAAAACAUUCAGGAAGUAAUAAAAGUACAAAAAUUAUAUAUGAUAUAAUUAAUCAUUUAUUAAAUGAAUUACCAGAUAAAAUUGAUACAAAUGAUUUAAAAAUAGAGGAUAGUCAAACAAAUACAUUUAUGGUAAUAGCAUUAAAAGAAGCAGAAAAAUUUAACAAAUUAAUAGAAUGUAUUAAUGAUACAUUAAUAGAAAUUAAAUUAGUAUUAGAUGGUAUAUUAAAUAUGAAUGAUAAAAUUCAAAAUACUAUCAAGUCAUUAAUGUUACAUAAUAUACCACAUAUAUGGAUAAAUUAUUCUUAUCCAUCAAAAAAAAAAUUGAUGCCAUGGUUUGAAAAUUUUAAAUUAAGAAUAAUAUUUAUAAAAGAAUGGAUUUCUAAAAUAAGAAAUAAUAUAUUCCUACCAAAUUCUGUAUGGUUAUCUGCAUUAUUUAAUCCUAUCUCAUUUCUAACAGCUAUUAAACAAAAAUUUGCUCAAGAAAAUAAAGUACCAAUUGAUAAACUUAAAUUAAAAUGGCAAGUAACCAAUAUAACAAAAUUAGAAGAUUUAAAUAAUAAAAAUAAUGCAUUAUAUAUACAUGGAUUAUAUUUACAAGGAGCUUCUUGGUUUAUUAAUUCGAAAAAUGAUACCUUUACAUUCGAUAAGGAUAAUAUAAAUGAUAAUGUAUCUUAUGGAAACAUAAUAGAAUCUGUACCUAAACAUAUAUAUUAUUCUAUGCCAUUAAUAUAUGUAUAUUGUAUUAGUAAUGAACAAGAUGAACUCUUAAAAGAAAAUAUGGAAUAUCGUUCAUUGGAUACACCUCUUUAUGUGACUUCAGACAGGGGAAAUACUUUUGUUUGUUCAAUAGAUCUAAAUUUAGAAAUGGAAGAUAUAGAAGACAAAUGGAUAUUAGCUGGUGUUGCACUUUUCUUAUCGGAUGAUUAA